GUCGCCAGCUAGCUGCGAGCGAGCGAGGCCUUUGGACUUGGCGGCGUCGUCGUGGGAGAGUGGUGUGGUGGUGCCGCUACUACUUCAGCUCAGGAUUGAAGAGGAGAGGGGGGCGGCAACGACGACGACGACGAUUACAACGAUGAUGACGACGCAGCGCAGGGGAAAUAGGGAGGGCAUCCCAACGAGUGGUUAGUGAGGGAUUUUUGAGUUGGGAACUGGGGAGUUAAGUGAGAGAGAGUGAGAGAGUGGGAGCGAGAGAGGGGAGGCGGUUGUCGAGGCCAUCAUCUGCCUGCGUACUGUAGCUCGUGGGCUGUGGUGGCCUCGCACUCGGUACAUGGCGUUGCAGGGUGGCAGAGGGCGUGUGUGCAGACUUGAAAGAUCUUGAUUUCGUGGCUUUGUGAACUUGUUGUUGUUGUUGUUGUUGUUGUUUGUAGUUUUGUUUUUGCGUGUUUGUAGCUCCGGGUGACUGUUUGUGAGGUUUUCUGACAGGAAGAGAUAUGGAGAGAUUGAGAUUAUAGGGUGGGGAUUAGGAGGCAAUGGUGAUCGAUCCUUGUUCUGGAUUGAGGAUUAUGACCGGGAGUGAGAGAUCGCAGUUUUGAUCGCCCCCUUGAGUUCGGUCCCCGUGACUGCAUUGAAAGGUGGAGAGCAGCAAAGUCGCUAGUUUUGAAGCUGCAGUUGCAUACCUGAAGUGAGCGUGCUGCUGCUGCAGUUCUACCUUCUUGAGAAGCGAUUGUAGUUGGUGUGUGCAUGUUGGAUACAUGGGGAGGCUGCUUUGGUGGUUAGCAUUGUUUGUGUGUCGGUAGUUGAUGCUGCUGUGGGUAGUUUGUCCCCAGGUGAUUGCGCUAGGAUGCAGCAUGUUUCCGGUGGUUUGAACACUAGCAUAAAUUUCAUCGUUGUCGUUUACGGUGCGCGCACUUUUUCACUAGUGACCCACUGUCCAAGGUGAUUUGUGUGACGGGAGCGAGUGGGUAUAGUGGCACCAAUUCUUGCUAGUAUCUCUUGGUCAGUGUUCCAAUAUCCGGACGAGGGCCUCUCCAAAACUUCACUCUUUAGGUCCGUAGCUACCAUACGUUGAUAGUGGCAGCAUUGAACUUCGGAAACUUGCAAUUGUCGAAAAUGCGCCACGAUGCGUGUUUCUUUACUUGAUCUCGUGCACAUUUCUGCUUUAUUUUUGACGGAAGCAGCGUGGUCGUAAGUGUCGACUGUUGUCCAUUUCAAGGUGUUCACAGAAAAUAGGGUCGAACUCAAGAGUGUUAUAAACUUGGCGACGGAAGGUUGUCGGGAUGACUGCGAAGUUUGAUUUUGUUGAUUGGUGGAGCAAGGAGAAGCAUCGUGGGACUCCGGUGGUUGUGAAGAUGGAGAACCCAAACUAUUCCUUGCUCGAGAUUGAGAGCCCAACCAAGUCUGGUUUUGAGGACCACCAAAAUAAAGGGAAGCAAGGGAAUGCGAAACAGCUAACAUGGGUACUGCUUCUCAAAGCACACAAAGCUGCGGGUUGUGUCGCUUGGCUGGCCUCCGGUGUAAUGUUGUUGCUCGCAGCGAUCAAGAAACGCCUCAUCCUUGGUCAAGGAUUGGCUCAGCCAGAUAAAAGCAAGGGAAAGUUGUUCAAGGCCAUUGCAGCUUUCUUGAUGUUUGCUAUUCUAAUGUUGUGCGUGGAAGUAGGAGCACAUGCCCUGGGUUGGCAUUUCACAACGCCUCACUGGCCUUCUUCCACUGGCAUUCGAGAUAUUCCGCACGCUGUUUAUGUUGGGUGGAUGUACACUCGGGCUCACUACGUUGCUCCUGCGCUUCAAACAUUGACGAACUUCUGCAUCUGGUUGUUCCUCAUCCAGUCCGUCGAUCGAAUUGUGUUGUUUUUCGGGUGUGUUUACAUCAAGUGGAAGAACAUUAAGCCUGUUCCCGUCAAUCCAUCUCUUGAAUCUGACGACGCCGAGAAUCCCGACAGCGGCCAUCCAAUGGUUCUUAUCCAGAUUCCUAUGUGCAACGAGCGGGAGGUAUAUGAGCAAUCUAUAGGAGCGGUUUGCCAGCUUGAUUGGCCAAAAAGUCGCAUACUGAUUCAGGUUUUAGACGAUUCAUCGGAAGUGGAGACGCGCUUUUUGAUCAAAGGCGAGGUGAACAAAUGGCAUCAGAAAGGAGUAAACAUUGUGUACAGGCACCGAGUUGACCGAACAGGAUACAAAGCUGGCAACAUGAAAUCAGCCAUGCAGUGCGAAUAUGUUAAGAAUUAUGAGUUUGUGGCUAUUUUUGAUGCAGACUUUCAGCCCAAGCCCGAUUUUCUAAAACGCACGGUUCCUCAUUUUAGGGACAAUCCAGAGCUUGCGCUUGUGCAGGCCCGUUGGUCGUUUGUUAACAAGGAUGAAAAUCUACUCACACGCCUUCAGAAUAUAAAUCUUUCUUUCCAUUUUGAAGUAGAGCAGCAGGUGAAUGGUGCCUUCAUCAACUUCUUCGGCUUCAACGGCACAGCAGGGGUGUGGAGGAUCAAAGCACUUGAGGAGUCUGGUGGUUGGUUGGAACGGACGACUGUGGAGGACAUGGAUAUUGCUGUUCGAGCUCAUUUGCAGGGCUGGAAGUUCAUCUUCUUAAACGACGUUCGGUGUCUUUGUGAAUUACCGGAGUCUUAUGAGGCGUAUCGCAAGCAGCAACAUCGGUGGCACUCUGGCCCUAUGCAACUAUUUCGACUUAGUCUUCCAGACAUCAUUCGUUCAAAGAUCUCUUGGAUGAAGAAAGCCAACAUGAUAUUUCUCUUCUUCCUUCUGAGGAAGCUUAUUCUGCCAUUUUAUUCUUUCACACUCUUCUGCAUCAUCCUCCCAAUGACUAUGUUUGUGCCCGAAGCAACUCUGCCAAUUUGGGUUGUGUGCUACAUUCCAGCACUCAUGUCAAUUUUGAACGUCUUGCCGUCACCGAAGUCAUUUCCUUUCUUGGUCCCUUACCUUCUGUUUGAGAAUACCAUGUCGGUGACAAAGUUCAAUGCUAUGAUAUCUGGUCUCUUUCAACUUAGCAGUUCACAUGAAUGGGUGGUUACCAAAAAGACUGGGCGAGCUUCUGAAGGAGAUUCUUUGGUCGUGGGUAAAGAAGUAGCGAAUCCUAACCCGGCUCUGGAGAAAGCCAUGUCCGAGUCUGAUCUUGAUGCAUUUAAGUCGAAUGAUGCGAAGCUGAAACCUCUUCUACUUCCCUCGGUUAGUGAUGAGCCAGAACCAGCGAAGAAGAAGAACAGGUUGUAUCGCAAGGAAUUGGCGCUGGCUUUCUUGCUGCUUACAGCUUCUGCACGAAGUUUGCUCACCGCGCAGGGAGUUCACUUCUACUUUCUCCUUUUUCAGGGCAUCUCAUUCUUGGUGGUUGGUCUCGAUCUUAUCGGAGAGCAAGUAAGUUGAUACUUGUGAUCAAGAUGAAGAUGUGGACAAUAGAAGUCUCCUCAACCUGCUUCUAUUAGGUGGGGCGACUAAAUAUCUAUUUGCUGGAACCUUUGUUAUCCUGAGAACAGGGGUUCCAAAACAAUCUACAUUCUUCACCGCUGGUGGUAAUGGGCAACUUGAGGGCAGCCAGGUGUGCUAGCUUCGAUUCUAGGGUAGUUCUCCUGGUUACUGCUGUGUAUCAAUUUUUUGAGGUUUUAGCGGGAAUCGUAAAAUCACGUGUUGAGCUGGUGAAAGGUGCUGAGCACCAGUGUGACUAAUCAUCCAAGUGUGUUGGGGAUGGAGAGAUUCUUCAAGAGCUGCAUAUUUUCUCUGGUUGAGGCAAGCUGCUUGGAAUGUGGAAUUGCUGGUAAUAUAAAGGCAGCGGCUGAAGUGUUUCCAGUAGGGAUUGUCAGCCUUCACGCUGCAAACACUUACUAUUCAUUGUGAUCAGGUCAUUCAUUACCAUAUACCAUUAUUUCAGAUGGCUCCAUUUAGAAGCA